CCUUCGUCUUCCUCUCCCAGGAUUCACACAAUGGCUCGAAAAUCGCUGAUCCUGUGCGCGCUAGCCCUGCUUAUCGUCUCAUCCAGCGCGAGUGAACACGAUCGCCAUGAGCGCCACGACCGUGGCGACGAAGAAGGCGACCAUCACAAGCAAGCGACCAGUCCUUUCGUGCUCAAGGAACCCGUACAGGUGGUGAGUACGGAAGCCGGGGAUAUCCAAGUUCUUCCCGGUCCCAAAGAGCUGGGAGCCCUUGCAGAGAACCACAUUGGUCUCAGCAUCAUCACCAUCGAGCCCAAAGGUCUUUUGCUUCCACAGUACCUCGAUGCCUCUUGCGUGCUUUACGUCCACAAAGGACGGAUGACUUUGGGAUGGGCCGAGCAAGACUACCUUAACCGGCAGGAUUUGGAGACUGGAGAUAUCUACGCUCUACCGGGUGGUUUCGUGUUCUACGUCCUCAACACCGACGAGGGACAGAGGCUGCGUCUGUAUGGGAUGUGUGACACAUCCGAGAGCCUCGAUGCUGGACACUUCCAAUCGUUUUUCGUUGGUGGUGGAGUUGAUCCUCGAACGAUUCUCUCGGGAUUUCAUAAGGAGGCCGUCGCUGCUGCUUUGAAGGUGGCUCCCGAGGAUGUUUCAGAGAUCCUGGGCUCCCAAACCGAAGGUCCCAUUGUCUACACAUCACGGGCUGGAUAUGAUUUCUUGAAGGGAGACUCGGCCGCUUCAAAUGCUCGUCGUGACGCGCCCAAGCCGUUCAACUUGCUCAAGAAAGCUCCCGACUUUAAGAACGAGAACGGCUGGACGAUCGCUGUCCAUGGCGCGGAAUUCAGUCCCUUGAAAGAGGCGGACGUCGGAGUUUUCGCAGUCAGCUUGAAGCCAGGAGCUAUGCUCGCACCGCACUGGAAUCCCAGAGCUGCCGAGGUAGCCUUCAUCACCAAGGGCAACGGAAGGAUCCAAGUCUCAUACCCGAAUGGAACCAACGCGCUCGACAAGGAACUGGACGAGAGCAAGGUGGUGUUCGUCCCUCGCUACUUCCCGAUGUGCCAAAUCGCUUCCCGGAAUGGUGAUUUCGAGUUCGUUGGAUUCAGCACAUCGUCUCGGCGGAACCGUCCACAGUUCUUGGCAGGAUCCAACUCCGUGUUUAAGGCUUUCAGCAAGGACAUCAUGUCCAAGACUUUCAACGUCGACGCGAAGCGCUUGGAAGCCGUGCUCGAUAACCAGCGCGACGCGGUGAUCCUGCCUGGUUUCAUCGAGGAAGAUGGCAAGCGGAGCUCUGCAAUGUAAAAAGUUUUGUGUGAAUCAAUCAAAGUGAGAACUUUUCCAAGCC